CGCUUCCGUUGGCUUGAGGACUUUCGGUUUUUGUUACCGUGACUAAGAUGGAAUCGUUUUUGGAGCCGCGGUCUGGACUUUGGGCUGGGGGUCCGGCACCCGGACAGUUUUACCGCAUCCCGUGCACUCCCAGUUCCUCCAUGGACCCGGCAUCGGCGCUCCACCGGGGUCCGAUUACGCGGACGCUGAACCCCAUGGUGACCGGGACUUCGGUCCUCGGCGUUAAGUUCGAGGGCGGAGUGGUGAUUGCCGCAGACAUGCUGGGCUCCUACGGCUCUUUGGCUCGUUUCCGCAACAUCUCUCGGAUCAUGAAAGUCAACGACAAUACCAUGCUGGGAGCUUCUGGAGACUACGCUGAUUUCCAAUAUUUGAAGCAAGUGCUCGGCCAGAUGGUAAUUGAUGAGGAGUUGUUGGGAGAUGGGCACAGCUACAGUCCUAAAGCUAUUCAUUCAUGGCUGACCAGGGCCAUGUACAGCCGCCGCUCAAAGAUGAACCCUCUGUGGAACACCAUGGUCAUUGGAGGCUAUGCUGAUGGAGAGAGCUUCCUCGGUUAUGUGGACAUGCUUGGUGUAGCCUAUGAAGCCCCUUCACUGGCCACUGGUUAUGGUGCAUACUUGGCUCAGCCUCUGCUUCGAGAAGUUCUGGAGAAGCAGCCAGAGCUGAGCCAGACCGAGGCUCGAGAGCUAGUAGAACGCUGCAUGCGAGUGCUGUACUAUCGAGAUGCCCGUUCUUACAACCGGGUGAGGAGUGUGAAGAAUAAAAAUGCCAGGAACCUAAUUUGCAGGCUCUGGAGACUUGGGUCCAAAGAAACCCAGUGGUUUCAAAUUGCUACUGUAACCGAAAAAGGCUUUGAAAUAGAGGGACCACUGUCUGCAGAGACCAACUGGGAUAUUGCCCACAUGAUCAGUGGCUUUGAAUGAAAUGCAGACGCAGUCUCCAGAACUGAAGUUAAAACUCCUUUACUUUUGAACCAGCCAAGUUCAAAGUUAAAUCUUUUGUGUAUUAAAUAAAUCCUUCAGAAUG